AAGUAUUAUGUGGAAUCGAUUUCGUGCAUCUGUUUUAAGCUUAUACUGGUCCAAAAAACACGACAGGUGCUUGUCAGUAUCUUUUCUCUCAUUUAUCGUUCGUCCUUUUUCCGUCAACCUCCACGCACUAUGACGUUAGAGACUAUAAAUUGGAUGAGCAGGUGUUCCACAUGUUGAUGACAAUCAGAAACCCGUUUGUGAUAUCAAAAUAACAAGAUUUUUGCAUUCAAAGUGCAAGGCACAGAUGUUGAAACAUGAUCACUUGAAUAUUUUCUGAAUAGAGCCAUUUGUGGUGUUUGUGCAGACUAGCUUCUCAUGUCUCAUCUCUUUGUCAAGUAAAGUUCUUUUUUUUUCCUAUAGAGUAGGUCUUGUGUAUAGUGUUGCUAGCAUGGCACUUCCUUUUUUUGUUGUUCUGGGACCAGAUAUACCUGCAACUGUUUACUUUCCUUCUUUCAUGAACCCCUUUUUCCCACCUUCUACCUAAUGGUGUUUGUAUGGAGGCAAUUGUGAAGAAUUGUAUCCGUAAGACGAGGCUGACGAAAGGCCUUUUUUUUUCAAUUCUGACGUAAAGUUGCAAAAGUAACGUAAGCUAAACGAAUCUAGAAAGAAACAAAAGAAGGUUCUUUCUUACGAAAAGACGGUGUGUGUGUGUGUGUAAAGUGUUAUGCAGCCCGGUGUGUAAAGUCAAGCUGUUUCCUGUGUCGGCUAAAACAAGAAACAACAGCAGCUGAUGUUGUUUUUGACGUCCGUUUACCUGGCCGCCCCUUUUACGCCACAUGGUCGUCGACCACCUACCCGUAACGAAAAGAAUCUAAUCAGGGAAAAACAAAAGUCAAAAACUAUUGCCGAUAUUUAAACGUAGUGAUACGUUAGACAUAAAACAAGAAAUGCGAAGAAAAAGAGCCAAACAGCAAUAGCCAUAUUUCUUGAGGAAAACGUUAGAGCUUUUUGUUUUGUUUUUAUUGGUCAGCUAUUCUCUCACGUUGGCCUGUUUUGCCUAUUCCAUUAUUUUUUUUUCCUUUUAAAUUUCCAUACUCCCAGUUUGUUCUAGUUCCGGUAGGAGUUAAAAACAAAACAAAAACUCCCGUCGGCCAAAUGGCACGCGACAGGGGUUUUUUAAACUUCUAUAUUUAUUAAGAGGUAGCACGUGGUGUUGGGUCAAAGUCAAAUAGCAAAAGAAAAAAAGAUGGGUGUAGGGGGGCGUGUGUAGGAGAAUGGGCAACUGUUUCCAAUAUGUGAGUGUGUGUUGAAAUUCGGCUUUACCAUCUGGUCACAAGACCCUUAAUGCCCGUCCGACCGGUUCAGGGCAGCUGCCUCUCGUUUUUAUCCCCUCGCUAACGAACUGGCAAUAGACUUUACACUAACCAAGUAUAGCAACUCCUUGAAAACGAGUGUUGAAUAUUCUAUAAACACGUUUUUCAGUCCUUACGCAUUCACUUAAAGCCAUCGAGUUAGGCCAAGUUGAACAAAGAACAUCAUUUUUUGUUUAAGUAUCGAAUUGGAUUCAAGUAAAUCUAAUUUCUGUCUGCAAAAGGAUGAUGUAUGCGCUGAGGGUUCGUGAACUUUUGUCGGAGGGACACCCAUAGAUAAUGUGGAACGUCCUUCGUGUAGACGCCGCGGCGCGUGACUCUGCGGUUAUCCGUCACGCCGGACACACACCGCAUUGGGCAGACAUUCGUUUGUUCCUUUUUUUUUUAUUAUUUAUUGGUUGUUCUCCUGGAAAAUACGACAACGGGUAAUAACAUCAGCUUUUCUCAAAAUGGAUUGAAAAUCAUUUCCGCUUCUGCGGCAGUUUUUCUUCAGCACCCACUCCGCCCCUCACACAAUGUUUGGUCGUUUGAUGCCCUCAUUUUUGUGUGUGUGUGUGUGUGUGUGUGUCAAGACAAGAAGCAAAAAGCCGGCACGUACUCUGGGCGUUGCGGUUUCAUGUCCGGCCGGAUGUCUUAAGCGUAGCAACUUCCUUCUUCUUGCCCAUUUCCCAAUGCCAUUCUAAUGGUGCGCUCGCGCGUGCAACCUUAAACUUUCGAUAUAGUCUUUAACUCAACACAUACACGUACAUGUAUCAUUCUGAAGUUAUCCGAAGGGCAUCGCCUUUUUUUUCUUUCCCCGACAUUUUUAUUUUUAACAUUAUUAUUAGACCGAAACUUUCCUUUCACCUGCUGUUCGUUCGACACGAUUGAAUUCACGCCGAAGUAGGGAGCAGGUUCGGCGUGAAGGUAGAAUUCGAUAUCACACUAAAAGUUUAGCAGCAAAACAAUAGUUUUUUUUAAGUUUUUUUUUAAAUCAAAGUUUGAAUUUCUAAAAGUUGAUGAUUCAUCAUCGAAAUUUCUCUGAUGACCAUAGCGAGGCUCAAUGCGUCACAAAGUUUUUUUUUUGGCAAUAGACUGACGACUUUGGCGGUAUCUCUUCUUUUUUCUGUCGGGAGUUUGUGAGCACGACCGAGUGCAAGGUACGAUGGAUCAUGUUUCGUGGUCGACGAACAUCAGUCCCGCAAAAGGAAAAAGAGAGAGAGAGAGAAACAAGUGCGGCUUUUUCUCUUUCAAACAAAAAAAAAAAAGUCAGGAAAGCCAAAUAAAUAAAACAAAAAAGUUUCAAGUGUAUAGCGGCUAAGCUCUGGCACUCGCGUACUGGAAUUUCCUGUGUGUGUGUGUAUAUAUAUACAAUAGCACCCCAAGUUUGGGAGAAAAAAAAAAGUUUACCUCUUUGUGUAUGUGUAAUCUCCGCGUGCAGAUAAUUCAAAAAGAGCUUGCGAGAAUGUAAGUUUGAGUUUUAAAAUAAAAGUCACGAAAGAAUGCCAUUUAUUUAUUGGCCGCGUAUGUUACGUCACUCGCCAACGAUUUUGCGUCAGACGUAUAUACCCACUAAUUUCGUGUAAUAAUGCACUUGGGUGUGUUAUUAUUAAUUAUUUUUUUGUUGUCUGUGUGACCGAAGACGACACGCGCCUGUCUGCCGGAGGGUUUUCCAAAUAAAACAUGGAAUAUAGUUUGCUGGAGAAUUUGUUUUUUUUUUUCCUUCUGUGUGUGUGUGUGUUAAUCGUUAAACCACACACGCUAGUGCAUCGGCUGCUGGUGAAUCGUGACAGACACUACACACAUGGCGCAUCGCCUUUCCAGUCCAGCAUAUGCUGGUAAACCCAACACCUGGCGGACACCUCCACCCUAUUGCCCCUCCGAUCCAGCAGUUCCUCCUGCCCUUGUGUAUCAUCUGCCGUAAGCAGCCCCACUGCCCUACCCUUGCUAUCUUUUUGUCCCCCCCGUAUUUCUAUUUUCCUAUUCAAUUGUGCAUAUAUCCCCCUGUGCCUUAUACUAUGCGGUAUAAAUGCAUUUAUCAGACACAAAAGGGAGCUGCUGAAGAACCUUAUAGAACGGCAGCUGCUCUUGUAGGACUAUGCGCGCUGUUGAAACACCAUCGGUCCCUAAAAAUAUCGAUCAACAAUAGACGCCGGGCCCUGAAAUGCAUAAAGUUUAGUCAUAAUGGCGCGGCAACUGUUUCCUCGUUAUAAACAUACAAUGUUUCUCUACCUUUUUCCUGGAUACUAUCGGAUUGUGAAUCGAUCGCUGCUGCCUACACACUCUUUCCCGGUGUGUAGGCGUAUAUUUUCAUCAGGUUUCUUUUGAUUAUUUGCUUUAGCUCUAUGGACCAAGGCAGCUGAUGCGAUCUACACGAUCCCUCUUAUUAUUAUUAUUUUUUUUAAGAGAGGGGGGAGUUUAAAUAUUUACCUACACAUUAGAGGAUGGUUACAUCUCUAAAAUUGGAAAGUACUUUUUUUUUUUUAUUUCCCGUCACUUGUCCGGCUGUGUAACGUACAUGAUCCUUGACAAGCAAGACGUUUUCACUGGAAUGACGGAAACAUGUGUUAGGGUGCUUCCUUCCAUCUUGUGUGAGAGAAAGAGAGGGGCAAGAGAAAGGCGUAUUUGUCCACCCCGCACAGCGUCGACCGGAAGGGUUUCCAUGGGCCGGAAGGAUCAGUUCAUCCCUUGGAAGAAGCAGUUUUUUGCCAACGUAAUAAAAAAAAAAGGAAAUAGUUCGUGUUGUUUACGUCUUCUUCGAUUACUCACUCUCAAAAGAGGAUGAAGAAAAAGGGGUGGAAUGAGCAAGGAAAGAAGGGGAUCUGGCUUCUUUCUCUAUUUUAGAACCCAAGAAAGUCACAUGUGAAAGGGGGAAACGAAGGGGGGGCGUCGUCAGCGUCGUUUUUCUGUUUUGAAUUCUUGGACGGAGAUGCGCCCCCUUUCCCCGUCUUUUUUUUUUCCCUUCGCUAACAGCAGCGCACGUCUCGUUUCCGCUCCAAGAACUUCAGGAUCUUUCAUAGAUCCACCACCCCUCUGCUGAGCGUCGCCGUCUGUUCUUUGGAAAAAAAAAAAAAAUGCGAUGGUGGUUGGUUUCCACCUCAUAGUUUAUCCUCUUUUUUUUUUUAUUAUUAUUAUUUGUUCCUCCCCCCAUGAUCCACCCCUGAAGAGAGAGAGAGGAAAAAGCCCUGGAGGGGGAGCCAGAAGCGAUCCGGCUGUAUACAUGUUCCAGCCGCUGGCCGCUGCUGUUGACUGGCGAGUUUUUGUGGCAGCUGUGCACACUUCCACCGCCGAACGUCAAUAGACUUUCAAGCUCCACCGGUUCAGUAGCGCCAUUCGAAAGCCGACCAUCCGGCAGUGUAGACCCUCUCCUGUCUACCCGCUUCUACCCUGUUCCAUCAGUCGGUCCGUUCGUGUGACCCAGUGCGCUUGUAUUUUUUGUUUUGUUUAGUUUGUUGGCCCUUUUUUUUCUUCUCGGUUAUAUUUGCUUCGCUUUUGCGGUGCUUUGCUUGGCGUGUCUUGUGAGAGUGAAUACCAAAGUUCCGUUUGUUUUCCUUCCGUGGGAAAAACAUUCCAGAAACACGAAGACACGAACCGCUUUUAAAAAGAAAAACGUUUUCACUGAUUAUCGUGAAUUUCGCAGCUGAGGAAUUGCAUCGAUCAUUUUCCACGAAUUUCUGCCAAUCGCUGGACAUUUGUGUGAUAUUUAAAACAAAAAAAAAUUCGACAUUACACUGAACCUAAAUCAAAUUUGUUUGGUCAAAUGGUGACCGAGUUGAUCACGACAGACUCGGGGAAGACCAAGUCCAGUCCCAAAUCGCUCAAAGGAGCCAUGAAAGUCAUCAAGAAGCUUAAAGGGCGUAUUGGAUUAGGCUCAAACAAUGGCGACGGCAGCGCGUCCCAGCCGGUCCUCCAGUUUCACAACACGCGCGGAGAGCACGUCCGUUUAUCCGCCGAUCGCAGCACGGCUCGUCGAGUCGAUUCAUUCUGCAAAGGCAUCGCUUUCUCUCAGCGGACAGUCCGCCCCAACGAAAAGGUUUAUUUACGCGUGGCGGAAUGUUCCACCUCGUGGAACGGAGUCCUUCGCAUUGGUUUCACUUCAUGCAACCCUGCGUCCUUCAGCGGUGUUUUACCUAAAUACGCCUGCCCCGAUUUGACAAGCCGCCCAGGAUUUUGGGGUAAGGCUUUGCCUGAACGCUACGUCGAAGUUGGCGUUCUGUUCUCGUUCCAUUUCACAGCCAGCGGCGAUGUGAUGCUCAACGUCAACGGACAGGACAAGGGCGUCUUUUUGACGGGUGUUGAUGCUCGCACCCCACUCUGGAUCAUGGUGGACAUUUACGGCAACACGACAGCCGUCCAAUUUGUCGAUCCUCGAGGCAGUUUGAAUAACAAUCCGAUGCGCAAUUCUCCGACAAGGAGAAGUACCACGAGUUUGCAGUCGAGCGCAUCCAGCAGUGGAAUUAGCAGCACUUUGGCUUCGAAUGACAUCAACCAGCGGCCGCAACACCUCCAGCAACUGCACCAUCAGCAGCAAAUGCCACGGCCGCGCAGCGAGGCCGAUUUGCUCGUUUCAAUGAACGCGCUCAACCUGAACCGUGGGCCGCAUCAAAUUCCAAGUCUGCCCCUUCCGCCCAUUCCUGGAAGUCUCCAACAGCAACUGCAAUCGUCCAGCAGUUCAGCUGGCCAGCCACCGGCACCGCCCGCCGUCCUCCAGAAUUUCCCGCCUCCUCCUCCAUUGCGUCAUUACCGCCAUCACGUCUUCCAGCCGUUGACAUUUCACCCGCGCACGCACGGCGUCAACAUCCGCAUGGGCCCCGAUUGCCGCACCGCCGUCCGCCACGAUGCCGAAUUCUGUAAUGGAUACGUUCUUUCAUCGAGGCCAAUCAAUCCGGGAGAGUCGUGGGUCGUUCAAAUUGUGCAGACGGAAUCGAUUUACGUCGGUGGUAUGGGAUUCGGAUUCACUACUUGCAAUCCGGCAUCGCUGUCUUCAACUGACUUGCCCGAUGAUGCCGAUCAACUUCUCGACCGACCUGAAUACUGGGUCAUUUCCAAGGAUGUGGCACAUGGACCCAUUCUGGGUGACGAAAUCGAAUUCCACCUGUCACACACUGGUGAAGUGACGAUGAUGAGAAACCGAGGCUCUGCCACGCUUUUGAUGCACGUUGACGUUUCGCUGCCGUUGUGGGCCAUUUUCGAUGUUUACGGCAGCACCAGAGCUGUCCGUCUGCUUGGCACCAUUUCAUCACCUCCGCCAGUGGCCGAACCGCCGGCCGUCAUCUACCAGGCGCCUCCUCGCGUGAGCCCACCUCGGCCACAACAAGCUCAGCCUAUUUAUCAAUCCGUCCCAUCCGCUCAUAUGAUGCAACAGUCGUUUCCGUCGGGUGUUUUGUCUUCCGGCACGGCGUCGUCGUACGUGGAGACGUUGACGCAGAGUCUCAAUUGCCAAUCGGCUGGCGGAGGCGCCAGCAGCGAGUGCACCGUCUGCUACGAACGCAGCGUCGAUUGCGUCCUCUACUCGUGCGGUCACAUGUGCCUGUGCUACGAUUGCGCUCUGACCCUCUACCACGGAGGACGGACGGCCGGUGGCCAAGGAUUGUGCCCCAUCUGUCGGGCACCGAUUCGUGACGUCAUUCGAGCCUACCGAUCUUAGUUCAACUGACUGCAUUUGUUUGUUUUGUCUAUUCCUUCUUCUCUUUGCUUUCUUUUCCAAAAGUCACGUAAUGAAAAUGGUGUUUGCUUCUCCUACUCGAUGCCCUAGUCGGUUCGAAUCGAGAGAACUAUAUCUCGAUUGAAACAAAACGUAACCAAAGUCACAGGCAUUCGAAACUUUUGACUCCACUUUCAUUCAACAAAUUUUCGUCCAUUCUUUCGCUAUUUUUCGAGUGUUUGAAUUUCUUUUCUUUUCUUUCUUUUCUUAUUUUUCGCGACACAAUCAGAGAAUUUCAAAUCAUUUGAGUCAACGGUGGUCGGUGUACAAACAAAAUUUUUCGAGAUAUAAAAAAAAUAUGUGUUAGCCAAUUAGAAGUUGGUAUUAUGAAUUCAGGACAACAAACACAAACAACAGAAAAGGCAAAGGGGGAACGAGAGAUAAUCUAACCUGUUAUUGUAAUUUUGUUUCGUCAUAAAACAAAACAACAACAAAUUCUCUAGUAGAACGAACGUCCUUUUGAGUAUUAUUUCUGUUGUGUGUAGAUAAGCAACGACAACAAAAAAAAAGAAAAAAACAAAAACAAACAUUAUUAGAACGCAGUGAAGUAGAGAAAAAGAAAGUGGUGGUAAUUGGGAGGGCGGGUGACGUGAAAAAGGAGGAACUUUUUCUAUAAUUUUGGUCUGUGUAUGGAUAGAUUGGUUCGUGUCACGAGUGUCCCCCUCCACAACGGAGACGAACGGCCCAUCACCGAUUAUUUGUUUGCGUUUUACAUUGAAUUUAACACAUACUUUAAACUUAAAUCACGCCCUUCACUCAUUAUUCGAUUCUACAAAAACAUCCGCCACGUCCCCAUUUUUCUUUGUGUGUUUGAACGCGUCUGAUGUCUUGCAUAUUCUUUCUCCUAUCACAUGUUUUUUUUUUUUUUAAUAAUGAAAUGAUUAUCAAUACAGAAAAAUGACGACAAUCAUUUUUUAAAACGAA